AUGAGAAGUGGAGACAGCAGAGGAGCUGAUAGCCAAACAGCAUCGCAAGGAAAAGAAAGACCAGCAAGCAAAAAUACAAAGAGGUUUCAGGUGGAGGAGGUUUCAGAUGCAGUGGAUUUUGUGAGUUUGGCAAAUAAUGAGGAACCAAAUGAUUCAAGCAAGCAAACUCGGACAUCUAAAGCCCAGAAGAGGCGGGACAAAAAGGCAGCUUUUGAGAAGGAGCGGGAGAGUCGGAUUGCUGAGGCAGAAGUGGAGAAUCUCGCCGGCUCCCGUCAUCAGGAGGGUCUGAAGCUGAGACAGAAGCUGAUGGAGAGGCACCUGCAGAUCAGAGAGAUCUCCUCUGACGGUCACUGCAUGUACCGCGCCGUGGAGGAUCAGCUGACGGAGCGAGGCGCCCCUCUCAGCCUUAAAGAGCUUCGGGCUCAAACAGCUCAGUACAUUAGGAGCCAUGCAGACGACUUUCUCCCGUUCCUCACUGACCCCAAUUCAGGAGACAUGUACACUGCAGAUGAGUUUGAGAAGUACUGCAGUGAUGUUGCAGACACAGCUGCUUGGGGCGGACAGUUAGAGUUAAAAGCCCUUUCACAGGUCCUACAGUUACCGAUAGAAGUCAUUCAGGCAGAAUCGCCCUCUAUUAUUAUUGGUGAAGAAAAUGUCAAGCUGCCAAUCACACUCGUUUAUAUGCGGCAUGCGUAUGGACUUGGUGAGCACUACAACUCUGUGGAGCCUCUGAAAGAUUUGGCAAAUGAGGAAGAGGGCUGAGCCAGUCACUGACACAUUGAUAUAUGCAUCUGUGCAUAAUUAGCCUGCAGAAGUGGACCUUCUGGAAUUUGAUUCUGUUUUGCUAGGGUCAGUGGAUUCGGUCAGGAUGCUCACAGAGGAUGAAGAAAUAACACAUGCUGGUCUCUUCAGUUGCAUUGGACACGCUUAAUGCAAUAGUCCAUGCUUGCCAGUGUUAUUCAUGAAUAAACUGCUAUGUGCUUUGUGUUGUUCUUGAAA